CUCCGAUACAUUGCUGAAGGCUCUUUUCAUUGAUAGCAAUCUCACGGCACCGCAUCCUUUGAAAUCAGAGCUGGCGCUCACAGAUUUGAUGCGAGACAGCGACCUUGUACAUUUCCUCAUGAACGGCUGCGAACCCGGAAUUCAUGUGGACCAGGCGCAUAUACUCUGGGAGAAUUUUCGCAGCCCUUACCUUGGCGAAACAGCGAACAAUUUUGUGACAGCCCUCGACCAUUAUGAGAGUAAUUACGAUCCCGAAACUCAUUAUGGCAAAACUGUAGCCAUUGUACAGUCGAGUGGCACAGGAAAAUCACGUUUGAUCGAAGAAAUAAGCAAACGGAUACCGAGUAUAAGCAUCUGCUUACGACAAGAUGAGCGGCCAACAACCGGAUGGCCUCCUACCGAUACCCCUGCGGUGCAUUUCUUCACAAGAAGCCGUGCAGUCCUCAAGAACCCUCAUAUGGCGGAGGAACUGGCAGCUGCCUUCCUUGGAGCGUUGAUAGAGCUAUUGCUUAACGGGAUCCGAGAGAAGCCGUCAAUGUCAACGCCGAAGGAUUUCUUGAGUGAUUGGGAUAUUACCGAUCCUGGAAGUUCUGAGCAAUCCAGGCGUCAUCAACUUUUCACGCAGGUCGAGGACAUGGCCGAGGCAAAGCUACAUAAUCAUCGCGAAGAACUUAGGAAACUUCGCUCGAGACCGAUGGAUGACCCUGAACUCUCGGAUCACCGCACGAACGCUCUUGUUUGGCACAAAUCGCUACUUCGUGUCCUUGUACGGCCCCAUAUGGAGGCUCUCUCAGAGCUCGUUCAUUCACGCGGUCACCGUCGAUUCAUAAUCGCAUUCGACGAAUGCACCACAUUAAACUCCAGAAUUGGAAUCUCUACCGACCCCAAGUUGAUACCCCCUAGGAACGAGAUGUCGCUGAUCGCACUUCAGCGCAUCGUCAAGGCUGCCGAUCACCUUAUCCUCCCUGUCAAGUUCUGGUUUCUAUUGUUAGAUACAAACUCGUCUCUGUACGAUCUUGUUCCCCCAGGACAGAUCGCACCAUCCUUCCGGCUCAGGGACAAAUUCAGUAUGCUGCAUCCGUGGAUGUACCUUGGAUUUAAUCAACACCUUAGCAAUGAUCGUUUGUCAACGCCACAACAGGCACUUCUGUUACGUCACCUAAAAAUGUAUGGCAGACCUUAUUGGUGGGCCCUCAGUACUGGCAGCAGUCUUCUGCGCGCUGCGCGCCUCAAACUUUUUGGCGCCAGCGGCUUCAACCCUGGGAAUAGAAAUCAUGUGUUCGCUGCCUUCUCCCAUCGAGUCCUAUUAGAAAUUGGUGAAGGCGAAGGUUCUAGUCGUCUGGCUGUAGCCGCCGUGCGCAACCACAUGCGUGUCUUGAUGGGAGUCGCUGAUAACCUUGUCGUGACAGAAGCCCCAUCAGAGCCAAUACUCUCCGUCGCCGCCGUCACAGCACUUCUCGAGGGCGAUAACUACAAAAGGGCAUUUGACACAUUGCUUGACGAACUGAUCUUGAAAGGCCUUGUGAUCGAUCGAGGCCUUCGAGGCGAAUUAUGUUGUCAGCUGCUGAUGAUUCUCAGCCGAGACACAGGGACGUUCAAGGAGGCGGGCGAGUUCGUUACCAUGACGAAACCUCCUGACAAUCCCAAUGAAGAACAUGCGAUCGUGCCUUUGCGACUGUCUACGUUCUUGAAAACGCUACUCGGGCCCCAGCUUGGUCUUCCACUCAAGAAAAAUAAAACGCGCGAUCGCCUUCUCUAUAAUACCGCAAAUGUCUGGAUCAACUUCACCCACAUCGUUCAGGUCGACGAAAUCAUAACGGAAUUAACUCAUGAGUUCCUACAUAAAUGCUGGUCCUCUCAUGCAGCCAUACAAUGCUCGUUCGGGCAGCCGGUCAUCGACGGAUUCUUUGUCGGCUAUCAAGGCGACCUCAGCCAGCCGUUCGACUGCAGAAAUCUUAUCUAUACACCCUGGCAAGCGAACGCGAAGACGAAGGCGGCAUCGUAUACUCUUGUUGACUGUCUGGCUGGCCCAUGGAUCGUCCCCGAACAAGGUCCCCGCUAUAAGCCCGCAAAUUACCUCGUGAUCUUCAUGGACCUUUGCGUAUCCGCUUCUUUCCAGCAGGGUCAAAACCUUCGCUGCCGUUUGACGUAUGGAGAGCCUCAGAGGCCUGGAAAGUCCGCGGACGGUUCUGCAACAUGGGGUGGAUAUGCAACAGAACAGGAGGUCGAAUCGAAACGAUACUGUCUGAACGUCCGCGGGCUCAGCAACACGUAUCCCGUCAUCAACGGUCACAAGGCGCGGUUCAAACAACUGUUUGAACGCACUAUAGGAUGCUCUGAUGCCAGAUUCGCCGUUCACGCGGAGAACUUGCGCGAAAGUGUUCGGCAUCUGACCCUCGGCUGAGAUUGGGAGAAUGCCAAGAGGAAAGGACCCACACAAAUUUUCUUUUGUAACUCAACUGUUUUGUUCUGUCUUUUCCCGUCUUUUCCUUGACAUUGAAAGCUCUGGCCGUCUUGUGUGCACCC